AUGCAGAUCCCUUUCUACCUCCUGCAUGCACAGGCUUCCAACUGGAGAACUCUGAACUACAGUGAAAGGUAUGAGAAAUUGGUAGAGAGAAACUACAAGAGACAGCUGGAAAUCGAGGGACUGAAAAGGAUAGAGAAUCAAGUCAAUAUACAACGAGUAAAGAAUCAAAAUGAGGAGUGUCUUGAACAAAAGAGAUUCCUCAGGUUAUUACAGAAUGAACAGUUUGAACUGGAUAUGGAAGAAGCUAUUCAAAAGGCAGAAGAAAAUAAAAGAUUGAAGGAACUUCAACUUGAACAAGAAGAAAAACUGGCUACGGAGUUAGCAAGACUAAAACUCGAAAGUACAAAGGAUGAAAAAAUGAGACAGCAAGUUAGAGAACACAGUUUUGAGCUCCGAGAACUAGAGAAGAAAUUGAGAGCAGCCUACAUGAAUAAAGAAAGGGCAGCUCAGAUUGCUGAGAAAGAUGCCAUUAAAUAUGAGCAAAUGAAACGUGAUGCUGAAAUAGCCAGAACCAUGAAGGAAGAACAUGAGAGAUUAACAAAGGAGGAAAAUGCUGCUGAGGACAAAAGAAAUCAAGUGAAAGCACAAUAUUCUCUUGACCUAGAGAAACAACUUGAAGAGCAAGAACUGAAAAAGCAGGAAGCUUAUAAGCAGUUGCUGCAAGAGAAACUCAUGAUUGAUGAAAUUGUUAGAAAAAUCUAUGAAGAAGAUCAAAUGGAAAGACAGCAAAGGUUGGAAAAAAUGAAUAUCACUCGGAAGUAUAUUGAAGAGUUUAAGAAAGAGCAGGCUCUCUGGAGAAGAAAGAAACAUGAGGAGAUGGAAGAUGAAAACAGAAAAAUCAUGGAGUUUGCCCAGAUGCAACAACAAAGAGAAGAAAAGCGAAUGUCAAAAGCUCUAGAAAAUGAAGAAAAAAGGCAACAACUUCAAACUAUGCUCGCCCAGAAAUUAGAGGAAAAGAUGCGACAGCGUGAUGAUUUGGAACAAGUGCGACAAGAAUUAUACCUGGAAGAACAAACUGCAGCCAGUGAGAGGAAACUUAAAGAAGAAGCAGAGGAGAAACUAAGAAAGCAAAAGGAGUUGAAGCAAGAUAUUAUAGAACAAAUAGCCUUGAAGGAACUAGUACUCCAGGCUACAAAAGAGGAAGAAGAGAUCUUUAGAAAAGCUAUGCUUGCCAAAUUUGCUGAGGAUGAUCGAAUAGAAUUAAUGAAUGCCCAGAAACAAAGAAUGAAGCAAUUGGAACACAAGAGGGCCGUGGAAAAGCUAAUUGAAGAGCGUCGCAACCAGUUCCUUAUUGACAAACAACGUGAUAUAGAAGAAUGGGAGCUUCAGCAAAGAAGACAAGGAUGUAUUAAUGAAAUAAUUGAAGAGGAAAGACAAAAACUUCUCAAAGAACAUGCUGCUAAAUUACUUGGAUAUCUACCUAAAGGAGUAUUUAAAAAAGAGGAUGAUAUUAAUAUGCUCGGUGAAGAGUUUAGAAAAGCGUAUCAGAAAAGGAGUGAAGUUACCGAAGAGAAAUAACAUUAAGAUUUGGUAAAACCUGAAAUAUUUUGUAUGUUACCACUAGAUGUCAGUGUAACUUUUAUUU